AACUUGAUGCGAUGGUUGUGUUUUAGCUUAGCAUGAAGCAGAAGCUGCUAAAUAUGGGACGAACGAUAUGCCCCUCAUCCCGGGCGGAAUCGGACCCGGACCUGAAGGCCCCGGCGGGCCCCGCUUCAGGUCCUCAGGAAGAGAAGAUGGUCAUGAGGAGGGAGAUUUCUCUGACGAACGGUAUCUGCCUCAUCGUGGGGAACAUGAUUGGCUCGGGCAUCUUCGUUUCCCCCAAGGGCGUGUUGCUCUACAGCGCCUCCUACGGACUGUCCCUGAUCAUCUGGGCUCUCGGGGGCAUGUUCUCUGUGUUUGGUGCUCUGUGCUACGCUGAGCUGGGCACCACCAUUACCAAGUCUGGUGCCAGCUACGCCUACAUCUUGGAGGCGUUCGGUGGAUUUCUGGCCUUCAUCCGCCUGUGGACCUCGAUCCUGCUGGUGGAGCCGGCGAGCCAGGCCAUCAUCUCCUUGACUUUUGCCAACUAUCUGGUAGAAGCGCUUUACCCUACCUGCCAGCCACCGUACGACGCUGUGAGACUCAUCGCUGCAGCCUGUCUGUGUAUGCUGAUCUUCAUAAACUGUGCGUAUGUGAAGUGGGGUACCCUGGUCCAGGAUAUCUUCACUUACACCAAGAUCAUGUCCCUCAUCCUCAUCAUUUCAAUUGGUGUCAUCAAGAUAAUGAGAGGAGAAACCAAGAACUUUGAGAAUCCAUUUGAAGGUUCUGCCAUGGAUACUGGCAGCAUCGCGCUGGCUCUGUACUCGGCCCUGUUCUCCUACUCCGGCUGGGACACACUCAACUUCGUCACUGAGGAGAUUGUGAACCCAGAGAGGAACCUGCCUAUAGCCAUUGCCGUCUCUAUGCCGAUAGUAACCAUCAUCUACCUGCUGACGAACGUGGCGUACUAUGUGGUGCUGGACAUACCUUCCUUUAUGGAUAGUGAUGCAGUUGCUGUGACAUUCGGGAAUCAGGUGCUGGGACCCAUGAACUGGAUCAUUCCUAUUGCUGUGGCUAUGUCCUGCUACGGAGGACUUAACGCCUCUAUCAUCGCUGCCUCAAGGUUGUUCUUUGUGGGGGCGAGAGAGGGUCACCUCCCCGACAGCCUGAGUCUGAUCCAUGCUGAGCGCUACACUCCUGUCCCUGCACUUCUCUUUAACGGCGUGAUGGGGCUGAUUUUCCUCUGUGUUGAAGACGUUUUCCAGCUCAUCAAUUAUUUCAGCUUCAGCUACUGGCUGUACGUGGGUCUGUCUGUUGCCGGGCUCAUCUACCUGCGCCACACACAGCCAGACAGACACAGACCUGUCAAGCUCUCCCUGUUCUUCCCCUAUAUCUACUGCGUGUGCAGCCUGUUCUUGGUCAUUGUGCCUCUCUACAGUGACACAGUCAAUUCCCUCAUAGGAAUAGCUAUCGCACUGUCCGGCGUGCCCGUGUACUACUUCUGUAUUUACUUACCAGAGGAAAAGAGGCCCAAAUGGGUCAGCCGGCUUAAUGCCACCGCCACAAAAUACACUCAGAUCAUGUGCCACUGCUGCCUGACUGACCUGGACGUGGAGCCAGAGAAUAUGGCGGAGAGCAAGAACCAGUAAUCUCAACACGCAGGGAUUUUAUACGUUUGACUUACUGUUUCUGAGAUAUUUGAAGAUUCAGAGCUUCCACAGUGAUGAACGUGAUCGCUGAUGGCACUGUGUUUCCAGCUCAUGAAAGAACCCUUUUUGUUCUCGUCCAGAGAGGCACUGGAAGUUUUUACAGAUGUACAGGUUGUUGGUUCUCCAGUUAUUAAUUUGCACAUUAGCUGGUAUUUUACAGUAUUUAUAGAAUUGUGUUAUAUUUUUCAACUCAAAACGAGAAUAUCAUAUGGUAGUGCAUCUCAAAAAAUAAAUCAAGUUACUUUUUUUCAGUAAUUCAGUUCAAAAUGUGAAUACAUUAUAUAUUAUAUAGAUAUAUUACACACAGAGUGAUCUAUUUUAAGCGUUUUUUUUUUUUUAUUAUUGAUGAUUAAGGCUCACAGCCAAUGAAAACCCAAAAAUCAGUGUCUCAGAAAAUUGGAAUAUUAUAUGUGUGCCAAGUCCUGCUGGAAAAUGAAAUCCGCAUCUCCAUAAAAGUUGUCAGCAGAUGACAGACAUGUCUCUUCAAACCGUCACUGAUUGGUGGAAACUUCACACUAGACCUCGAGCAGUUUGGACUGUGUGUCUCUCCACUCUUCCUCCAGACUCUGCUCCCUGGAUUUACUUUAAAUGAAAUGUAAAAUUUACUGAUGAUCAGUGAUGGUUUGGAGAGACAUGCUGAUCAUCUGCUGGUGUUGAUCCACUGUGUUUUAUCAAGUCCAAAGUGGAGAUGCGGAUUUCAUUUUCCAGCAGGACUUGGCACACUGCCCACACUGCCAAAAGUACCAAUUGGUCUUAUACUGUAUAAUAUUCUAAUUUUCUGAGACACUGAUUUUUGGGGUUUCAUUGGCUGUAAGCCAAAAUCAUCAACAAUAAAAGAAAAACUGAUAUCAAGUAACUUUUUAUAGAUAUUUGAAUAUUUUGAGACGCACUAGUGUCUCUUUGUUUAAAAGAUUGAAUGCAGCCCAUGCUGCGACGUUACCAGUACAAAGAAUAUAGAACUUGAUAUCAAGCACUUUGAGCUAUUUUAAACCAGGCUGUUCUUAAUAUAUCUGUAAUAUAUCUGUAGACUAGACAGAAACAGACUAGAUGAGGAGUAAAACUGCUGGACACACACACUGUACGUACAGUAUCUCUCAUAUCUCUGAUGAUAUCAGUCUCUUUCUCUGUACAUUUGAUCUACUGUACUGUUUGAUGUACUGAUGUAAUGAUGAACAACAGAAAAGAGGAUGCUUUUAUUUUGAUCAAGCGUUUUUUUUUUGGUAACAUUUCAUUUUUGAUUGAUUUAUGGUAAGCACAGUUUUCUACUAUGACACUAAAAGCACUUUUUAUAAAACUUUUUCUUACCUGUA